AACUAUUUAAGCUAGGUAUAAAGAGGAGUUUUUCAUGGGGUCACCCAUGGAUUGGACUUGUAUCCAAAUGGAACUUUGCGGAAGAAGUUUGAAACAUUGGCUGCAUGUGUUCCAACCACCUAUGAACUCGUUUUAUACUCAAGUAAAACAAGCCGCAAUCAUGACCGAUUUGGUAGAGGGCCUAAAGUUUUUACACGAUAAUAAAGUAAUUCAUCGCGACCUCAAACCCGACAAUGUUAUGUUCACAACAUUUGAAUAUGGUCUUCCCAUAAAAAUCGGUGACUUCGGCUUGGCAAGAUGGAUCCUUCCUGAAGAUGGUAGCACAUUCACGAGCAGUGUAGGGACCCAGGUGUACAGGGCGCCGGAAGUAUCCGAUGGGAAAUACUCCUACCAGGCGGACUUGUUCUCCUUUGGACUAAUUAUUUGGGAACUAACAGCAUUAAUCCAAGCAGAUAAAAACGCAAAUUUAUUCGACAAAUUGGUGAACGAUGGAAAUGAAACAUUAGUCGAGGAGCAUCCUCUUCUGGGCGAUAAAUUAAGAAAAAUUAUUAUAUCCUGUACUAAGAGGGACCCGAUAAAUAGAUUCGAAUCCGUGUACGAAAUUGCCGAAAUACUAGUUGAACCAAUGAAACCCGCGCAAGAAAUUGUUGCCCAAACAAGUGAGGAGUUAUGCCUAUGCGUCCAAUAUGCCUCACCUGGAUCCACCAUUCAACUUCAGGAGGUCACCUAUUCAUGCAGCAUUUACCUACGCACCGACAACAUCACGAUUGUUGGUCGAGGAUCAAAAACUGUCAUAGAUUUGGGUCAUUCCAACUCCAUCAAUGUCGAGUCAAACAGUUGCACUCUUUCAAAUAUGAAGGUCAUAUUUCGUCAGAAGGACGACACGUUUCACAGGAUUAAAUUAUGCGGAUCAAAUAAUCGAUUUAGUGACAUUGUGGCGUUUUCCGCUUAUUAUUACCCGUUGCCCGACAUAUCUUAUUAUAACCAAAUUGAAAACCAAGGUAGUUGCAAUUCUAUAGAAUAAGUGAAGAUAGAAAACCGUACGUCUGCUUAUUUUAAUGUCAAUUUCGACGAUGGUUCAUCCCAUUGUUCCUUAUCCGAUUUAGUCGUCACUGAAGGGUUGGUUCGAAUAGUUUUCUCUGGCACAAAUAAUACAAUUUCCGACGUGAGAUAUGCAACGUUAGGCCUACCAGCAAAUCCGUACCAAAACAGCUCUUCGUUUCUAACUGAAUUAUCCAUACUUGUGUUAGGUUUGCACUACAAAAUUGAAAAUAUUAAAUGCAACGAGAUAAAAAUUAGUGGUGACCAUGCAGUACUGACAAAAGUGCAAAGUACAGAUGCUAUCAUAAUUACAGAGGAAAACAAAGGAAUAAUACUAAGUCAGUGUGAAGCUAAAGGAUUGCAAAAUAUGUCAAGGAUCACAAUUGAUCAGUGUGAGUUUGGUUCCGUCUCAAAAUCAAUCAAGCACACUUAGAGGAAAUUUUCCAAUCCUUUGUCAGAUGUAAGUAUUCUCAAUUUUUUUAAUUUACAAGGAAUAAUGUGUAUUUCCUCGUUUUCCUAUCGAAUGUUUAAUACGAAAUUUGUUUUAGGUGUCAUUAGGUUUUUUGGCGAAUAUUGGCGGACGAGAUGUAUCGAUUUUCAUAUAAUUUAUGUAUCUGCCCGUCGUUAAAUUAUGUAACACAAGAGGGGGUAGUGGGGGGUCUAAACUGUAAAUGAUAUCGUGCCUAUGUGACACAUGUUAAAGGUGGGAAAGGAGCCUAGAAAAUCGAGACUUUUGCAUUACUUAAUUUAUAGCCGGCCCCUAUCACGCAUAUCAAACUGGUUGUCACUCUGCCUCACUUUUUGAGUUGGAAGAAGCAAGUGCAUGACAUACUUUAGCCCAAACCUUUUGCAAUUUUUUUUGCACUGGAGGGAUGAAAAAACCAUGGCCCAUUUGUUAAAUUUCUGUAUUGAUUAACAAGUGGUUAUAAAGAUUAUAAAAAUGUACUUGAAACUCUUGUCAAAUUUAGUAGUUGGUACCUAUAAUUCAUGCAAUUCGACAAUGGAAUUAAAUUAAUUGCAAUCGUGAUAAAUGUACAUAGUUCAGACCUUAAGAUACAUAAUUGCGUCGUAAAUAUUAUAAAACCUUGAUAAACACGAUUAAAUAAUUACUAAGAGUGCUAAAAGAGUUACUAAAACAGUUUUAGCACUCUGUAGUAAAACUGUGAAGUAUUGGAUAAAAUAAAAUCUAGUAUUAAAAUAUUAACCAAAUUUGACCAUCCAUAAAUA